AUGGACGAAGAGAGCGGCAGUACAUUCUUCGACAAAGAGCGCGACCGGCUCACUGCCGAAAUAUCAAGCGGUUUCGAGGAGCUGCUCUCGUCGAGCAACGGCCUCAACCGGAAGCUCGAGGAGGUCCUCGGCAUGACGCGCGAGUACGAAACGAUCGCCGCGCUCUGGCAGAGCUUCCACGAGCUCAUGCGCGGCCAGCGCGACGAUGCUGCCGCUGCGGAGGCCGAGGGAGACCCUGCAGCUGGGCUCCCGGGACGGGAGGGCACGUCCUCGCGGCAUCGAUGA